UGGUGAUUGGUGAAAAUAAGCCUACACUUCAGGAAUGCAAGAGGAGCAACAGCCUGAGGCUGCUGCAGAUCCAAUGUCGUCCUCUGAUGCACCAGAAGAUGGCCCAAAGGAAACGUCAAGUAUAUCACAGAAUAUCUCUUCUCUCUUUCCCUUACUGAACUGCGUGGACAACCUGUCCCAGUGUCCACAGGGUAGGAAACCUGGACUGAGACCCAUGCUUGGAGGCAGCCUCUCCAGUGAUGGCACUCUCAAUGAUGUAGCUUCAGAAUUGAAUCUGAUGCAGAUGCAUUCAAAAUUCUCCUGGAGAUGAAGCUGAAGAAAAGGCAGAAAAGGCCUGCUUUACCAAGCACUGUGACUGAGCUUGAUACUGAGGAUGGUUCUAAAGUGUACGUGGUUGGAACAGCCCACUUCAGUGACAGCAGCAAAAAGGAUGUAGUAAAGACAAUACAAGAAGUGCAGCCUGAUGUAGUUGUGGUGGAGCUGUGCCAGUACAGAGUUUCUAUGUUAAAGAUGGAUGAAAAGACGUUACUAAAAGAAGCCAAAGAAAUAAAUCUGGAAAAACUUCAACAAGCUAUAAAACAGAACGGAGUCAUGUCUGGAUUGAUGCAAAUGCUGCUUCUGAAGGUUUCUGCUCACAUCACAGAACAGCUGGGAAUGGCUCCAGGAGGAGAAUUCAGGGAGGCUUUCAAAGAGGCCAGUAAAGUACCUUUCUGUAAAUUCCACCUUGGUGACCGGCCCAUCCCUGUUACAUUUAAGAGAGCAAUUGCUGCACUUUCCUUCUGGCAAAAAGUCAAGCUUGCUUGGGGCCUUUGCUUCUUAUCUGACCCCAUCAGUAAAGAUGAUGUGGAGAAAUGCAAACAGAAGGAUUUACUGGAACAGAUGAUGGCAGAAAUGAUUGGAGAAUUCCCUGACCUUCAUAGAACAAUUGUCUCCGAACGAGAUAUUUACUUGACCUACAUGCUGAAGCAAGCAGCAAAGCAGAUAGAACUACCUCGAGCUUCAGAAAAUGAACCUAGAAAAUAUAUCCCAGCUGUUGUAGUUGGUGUUGUUGGCAUGGGUCAUGUACCUGGGAUUGAAAAGAACUGGAAUUCUGACUUAAAGAUCCAGGAAAUAAUGAGUGUGCCUCCUCCAUCAGCUUCAAGUAAGAUUUUCAAAUUUGUUUUAAAAGCAACAGUUUUUGGACUGCUGGGAUACAGCUGCUACCGAAUAGGUCACAGGACAGUUCAGUUUGUUCUCUCAAUGCCAGCAACACAGAGCUAUCUUCAGAGGCUGACAGAGUUGCCUCAGCAGUGACCAACAAAUAGAGGCUCUGUGUGAAGAAGGUGGCUGAGGAAAGGGUGAUGGAGGCAACGCAUGAACUGGACUGAAGGAUGAGGAUUCUAGUCCAAGCUGAUUGAUGCUGAGCAACACUCAAUCACUAUAUAGUAAAAGAUUUGAUACUGAAGUUACACCAGCUAUGAUCUAAUUAAUAGUUUUGAUUCUUGAUAGGUGUGUUGCAUGAAACCAGAUGAUUCCAGACUGAGGUAAAAGAAAUGUGUAUGCAAAUAUAUAUAUAUUAUAUAUGCAUACUAUAUACAUGUACACUAUAUAUAUGCAUUAUAUAUUAUAUAUAUAUAUAUAUAACUGAUGAUGUAGUACAGGCAGCUUAAAGGGUGUGUGUUCAUGGCUCCUUUUCCAGAGGAAAGAACAACACAAAGUAACCUAAUCAGCUGCAUCUCCUGAAGUUCAGGGACACUUGAGUGAUUCUUUGCUUUUUUUCUUAGGUAUAAUAAUACCAAGUGUUCGUUUCUGGUGCCAGACACUUUUACACGUAAUUUAAAAGGACAUCUUCUCAAUGUGUGUUUUAUACCUAAAACAUUUAGGCUUUUUUAAACUUAAGAGCUUUCCAGAAAUUUCAGAAUUGUACAGGCUGUCAUACGUACAUGGCUCAAAUUUUUUACAAGCCUUACUGAAGAACAGGAACGUUGCCUUUAGAUUGCAUCCCUUGUUACCACCACCAGUUGAAUUGUCUUUCUCCUGCAUAGAGAAGGUAUAGCCACCCCAUCAGAAUGCAAUGUGGUUUGUGUCACAUGUUUACAGGACCCUCUGUUCCUUUAGAUUAGCUUAUUUAAACUGUUAUUAUUUAGCCAAAUCCUGCUGGUUCCAGUAUUGUAAAUUUAAGAGAGUAGAACUACUGUACAAUUUACUUUUGUUUCUCACACCUUUCAUGUUUGGCAUAAAAAGCCUGGAAUUAACCUGCCCCUUGUUUUUGCUACAUGAAAAUGUUCUAUUUAUCAAUGUAAUUUCUUGGUGGAUGAAUAUUUUAAUCUAUUUAAUAGGAAAGCAGUGUUCAAUUUAGUUUUUCAACCAAAUGUAGCAUUUUAUUUGCAUUACCUGCUAUUUAUAUGCAGAAUUAUGGGUACUACAGACUGCUGUUACUUUGUUUUUUAAAUAUCUGGAACACUCAUCCAUCAUCAAUCUUUCUUUCUUUCUUUUUAUUUUUUAAUCCUAGGUUCAUAUUUCAUUGGAAUUUUUUGGUACCUUCCCUUUUUAUAGGAUUGUCAGUGAUUGUAAAAUGCCCUUGGCAAUCAGCUAGUCCUAGUUCAACAACACAGAUAACAUUGUCAUAUCAAAAUUAACCCAAUGUAUUUGAAUGGAAAAGUCCCAUUUGCUCCUCAGGCUUAUAUACAGUUGCUCAUUGCUUAAAGUGAGGUCUUUAUCUGUAUUAAUUUCUUUUGGGAAUGAAAGAUUGGAACCAGUACGUGAGGCAGGAGGAGGAAAAGGUGAUGUUGUGUUUUGUGUUUCAUUGUGGUUUUUCAGUUGGUUCAAUAAAAUCCAGAAACCACUUUUAAUAGGGUAUAUUUCCAAAGGGUUGUGUUGGAAAUAGUUCCAUACAGUCUUUUGUUUGCUAAAAGUAUGUACAUCCAUCUUCUCUACAGUGUAGUCUUUUUUGAGCUUUUAAAUUUAAGGUUCUGAUGCUCCUCUCUGUGAUGGCAUUGACUUUGCUGGGAGCUGGUCUGUCCAUGCAACCUGAUGCUUUUCUGCCUUGCUUUUUGAAAAUUGUAUGAGUUCCAGUGCAGCACAUUAUUAAACUGCAUGUUUAUCUUAAACCUUACUGCAUCUAACCCGAUUCUGCAGAGCUCUUAAGAUGAUGCUAGGUGCUCUUCUGGGUCUGGGCCUUACAGGUGUCCAGGGAAUAAACCUUAGCAAAUGAGAAUGACAGCAGUUCAUGCUUCUAGGACACGAAGUGUAAAUGAUCAUACAGAAAACAGUGGGGGCAGGUCCUUUUAUUUUCUUUUUAUUAGUGCUUAAGAAACCACCAGCCAUCUCUAGCAAGAGGAGAAGCAGCAUUUGUAAACAAUUUAUAGAAGAGUAGAGUAACUGCCUAAAUUUUGAUUCCUGUUUUUUAAAAACAUUUAAUGUAUUGUUUACAAUUAAGCAGUCCUAUUUGAAUAAUUCUAUUACAUUUUAUGUACAUUUUUAAAAGAUGAAAGCAUAAGCUUAAGCUCACUCUUCUCCUGUCUUUACUGACAUACCAAAAUGUUUUUCUGUUGGUUAUUUUCUUGAGAAUAUUUAGCUGGUAGAAUUAAAUAUAUGGAUAUUUUGCUUUAAGUUAUCUACAGAUUUCUAAGUAUCUGCAGGUAUUUUAAAAGCUCUGUAGAUCUUUGAUAUCUGUGCUCAGGUAAUUUUACACAAAGGAAAACAAAUCUGAGGUAAAUUUUAGAUAGGAGCCUUAAUCUUGGGUGGGACUAAUGCUAAAUGAUUGUCAUGGAGCAUUCUUGUAGACUUGAUGUUUUUAUGCUUUUUAGCCAAAAGUGAUUACCAUCUAAGGUGUCCAUUUGUUAUUCAGUUAUACUCUCCAGUCAGUACUUUAAGUCUACUGUUUCAAUAUGUUUCAAUCUUCAAUCUUUCUCUUUUUUUCUUUCUUUUUUUUUUCUUUUUUUUUUUUUUUUUUUACAAAGCAUAUCAGCAGAUUCUUCAGAGAACCUCUUGGAGAAUUUGCAAUUUGUCUUCCCACUGUUGCAAAUUGGCAGAUCAUAUGCAUGCACUGUUUAUUCAGUGGCACUGGAAAGUGAUGAAUUUGCAGAACUAACAAUUCUAU